ACCAGGAAGAGAAGAUUUUAUCGAGCAGAUUGGUCGAGUUCUUGGGUCGGUCGUCAACAGCUGUAUUGGUACGGCAAGGCUAUUUGCGUAACAAAGCAAGCUUUUUAGUGUUGCUUCAUAUACUUAAAUCCACAACAAUUUACAAGAAAAUACAUACAUUGCUUAUACGCAGAUAUUUAAAUAUACAUAUAUACAUUUUUUUCACCUCGCAUAUUUUGUAUUGAACAAAGCCUCAUAGAAGUCUGAAUAAGUCUAAAAUAUAUUUUGUUUAAACUACUGGAAACUGUUAAGUAACCAUGCCUGGAGAUUCUUCUGACGAUACUACUACCUCUGCUCAAAGCAAAGAAGCGACAAGUACAGAAGAUCCGGCCAAGACCGAAACACCGGCUCCCAAAGAAAUGAAAGCAGUGGUUUUAACAGGUUUUGGGGGUCUGAAAAUGGUCAAAAUCCAAACGAAACCGCAACCAAUAGCCGGAGAAGGACAAGUUCUCAUUCGUGUUAAAGCUUGUGGUGUCAACUUUCUGGAUUUGGUGCUGCGCCAAGGUGUAAUCGACAAUCCCCCUAAGACUCCUGUAAUCAUGGGUUACGAAUGUGCCGGAGUCAUUGAAGCAAUUGGAGAAAAAGUUGAAGGAAUAAAUGUUGGUGACAAUGUGAUUGCUCUGAGUGAAGGCCAAUGUUGGGCUGAAUUUGCCAGUGUUCCUGUGAAAUAUGUCUACAAAAUGCCAGAAGGAAUGAGCUUCCAUGAUGCUGCUGCUAUUGCCAUGAACUAUCUGACCGCUUACAUCCUUCUCUUCGACAUCGGUAACUUGCGUGCUGGACAAUCUGUUCUUGCACACUGCAUAGCCGGGGGAGUGGGUCAGGCUAUAAUCCAGUUAUCUAAAACUGUUGACAAUGUCACUUUGUAUGGAACGGCGUCUGCCCAUAAACACGAAUCGCUGAAGGAUAAAGUUACUCACGUCUAUGACCACAGUUUGGACUAUACACAAGAAAUAAGGAAGAUUUCUCCUGAGGGUGUUGAUAUUGUCAUGGACUGUCUAUGUGGGGACGAUACUAACAAAGGGAUCAGUUUGUUGAAGCCCAUGGGACGGUACAUACUGUUUGGAACUUCCAGUGUGGUUACUGGAGAAACUAAAAGUUUCUUCAGUUUCGCAAAAUCAUGGUGGCAAGUUGAUAAAAUUAGUCCCCUGAAGUUGUACGACGACAACAAGUUCCUUGCAGGGUUCCAGCUGCGUCAGUUAUUGUUCCGUGACAACCAACAUGCUUAUAUUCAAAGCCAAAUGGACAAACUGUUCAAGUUGUACACUGAUGGAAUCAUUAAACCAGUCAUCGACCAAGUUGCUUGUUUUGAAGACAUUGCAGAAGCCAUGCAACGACUUCAUGACCGCAAAAAUAUUGGUAAAAUUAUUUUAGACCCGACUGUUGAGCCAAAGGGAAAAUCCCAGGCCGCUGAUGAAGUGAAAGCCCCAUCUGAGAGCAGUGCCACAACAGUGGCCAAGAGUGAAGAAGACACUGGUGCUGAGCCACCAGACACUGGCUCUGAUGAAUCAAAAGAAGCCAAACCUGAAGAAGCAGCUGAGAAAACUGAAGAAGCUGCAGAAAAUGCAGAAUGAAUAAAAGAUUUGAAAAUCAAUGGCCAAAGACACAAGAACCAUCAUGCAGAGACAAAGGUGUUUUCCAGUUUACCAUUUUAAGCCACCUUAUUUCCAGCUUGUUUUCCAAACACCUAAAUACUGUUGCUACUGCUGUUCCAUAAUAAAACAGAAGAAUGCCAUGACCACCACCACCACUCCCACAGCCACCACUCCCCAUACACUUCCUUUUGGUAUUACUGGGCUGUUGUUUUUGUUAUUGUUGUUGUCUCGAUGCUGGUCCAAGUUGUCUUUUGAUGUAUUUGUAACAACUUUUCUGGUUUAGUUUAGUCAAAUAUUCACUUGAAUUAAUUAUUUCUAUCGACUUGAACAGCUAAUAGAAGAAAAAAGAAAGUUCUAGAUUGAAACUAAUUUCUUUAUUUUUUGGGGAUUUUUUGUUUGUUUUUUAUUUUUUUAUUAACUCUUUUGAAAAAAAAUUAUUUGGGUUAUUUUCAUUAAUUGUUCAUUUCAUUUAAUGCUACUUCAGUAUUAGAUUCUUAUUCUUCUUAUUAUUAUUAAGGUAGUGAGCUGGCAGAAUCGUUAGCACGCUGGACGAAAUGCGUAGCAGUAUUUCGCCCAUUGCUACUCUUUGGGUUCAAAUUCCACCAAGGUUGACUUUGCCUUUCAUGGUCGAUAAAUUAAGCACCAGUAAAACACUGGGGUCGAUGCGAUCGACUAGUCCCCUCCCCCCAAAUUUCAGGCCUUGUGCCUAGAAUAGAAAUAAUAAUUAUUAUUAUUGUUAAGGUGGGGAACUUGCAGAGUCUUUAGUGUUGGUAAAAAUGCUUAGUGGCAUUUCUUCCAGUUCUGAGUUCAAAUUCCACCAAAGUCAACUUAGCCUUUCAGAGUUGAUAAAAUCAAGUACCAGUCAAAUACUGGAGUUGAUGUAAUCGACUUUCCCACCUCACUUCCCUAAAAAUUGCUGGCCUUUUGCCAAAAUUUGAAACCAUUAUUAUUAUUAUUAUUAUUAUUAUUAUUAUUAUUAUUGGUUUUUGUCCAAUGGUAUCAUAUUGUUUCAUUAUUUUUAUCUGGUUAUUGUAUUUUUUUUUCCCUCUUUAAAAAUCUUGGAAUCAGUCCUACCAAGAUUCUUGUAAUAAUGUGAACGCUGUCUGAAAGAACCACAAGUUGUUAGUUCAAUAGAUUGCAUUUCAGUAGAUUAAAUUUAGAUUUUGCCAUCAAUUCUUUUGGAUUCAUAAAAUAUUCUCAAAUAUUUUCAUUCCUUUAUCUCCCAAUAUUUUUCCCAAAUUUAAAACUAAUUUUGAAUAAAGCUUCAAAGAACUUUAAAUAGAUUUAAUAUAUCUUUUUAAGAUAUAUCGGUAUUUAGAAUAAUUACUGGGUAUUACAAAUCGGUUUUGAUUUAGUUCCAAAUUAGUUUUUGUUUAUAAAAUUGCAUAUUUUUGAAAUGAUAGAAAGUAUCUAAGAAUUGGUCAUUCUUUUACUUUUUUUUUUUCUUAAUUGAAGAUGUAAUCAAAAAACUGCGACUGGAAUUUUAACUGAUUUUGAAAUAGUCAAUAUGAAGCAUAUAUCCUUCCCCUACAGCAGUUGACGGCACAAUUUUGGGUUAAAAUCAAUUAGCACACUCUUUAUUAACUAGUUUAUUCUUUAUUUUAGUUAAUUAGUUAGUAUUAACAAAGAAAUACUGUGACAAGACACUUUUAGUCAUCAGUUUUACUGGUAUAUUUUCUUUUCUAUUCAAAGACAAUCUGUUACCAUUCCAGAGUGAAAAGCAGGGCAAGCUGAUAAACCAAGCACAAAAAUCAUUUAUUUAAAGAAACCCUAGAAUUGUUUCUAUCACUUGAUAUUAACCUUUUUGUUGAACAUAUUCCUAAUGAAAUACACUGCUUUUAUUUUUAAUGAAUUUUGAAAGUAAUCAAGAAUUUUGUUUGUAAUUAAGCUGGGUUUUUUAAGACUAAACUUCACAAAAGUUCUUACAUAAGAUUGACUGAUACUGCCCAGGUGUCAAAAACAUAGUGAUAUCUGUUAGGCAGCUGAUGAUGGGAAUGCACAUAUGUUAUGCUUGAAUGUGAAUUUCUUAUAUCUCAGUUUCGUUAUCCUGAGUUGUCCUUCCUUCUUGUAAAGUGGAAAAUGUUUGUAGAUUCAUAGUUUAUGAUUUCUUACUCUUUGGUAUUGUUGGGUUUUCUUCAUAUGUAACCUAAUUAGGCUUAGACAAUGCUUAAAUAUUGGUGUCUAGGUUUGGGAGGUUCUGUGGCAUAAGA